UUGAAAUCCCCAGCUAUGCUUUCUGGGUAAAGUGCGCCCUGGUAUCCGCCCAUAUUCGCGUAAAGAAGGCCAAAGCAGCUAGGCCGGACGCUGGAUCAAAUGGAAAGUUCAAUCGAUUAAAUUUGCCCACUUUUUUCUGUGUCGUGCAUGUUCCUGCUCGCUCCUGAAACGACGUUGGACCGAAUUAAAUGCGGGCGUUUUGGCGUGAAAUAGGAAAUGCAGAGAUCCUGUGAAACGGGAGGAUUAUCAGCUUGACUUCUUUGGUCGCUACUUCGGACGCGGAACUCCACUCGCUAAAAGGUGAAUCAUGACAGAAUAUAAGCUGGUUGUGGUGGGAGCUGGUGGCGUUGGCAAGAGCGCACUUACUAUUCAGCUCAUCCAGAAUCACUUUGUGGAUGAAUAUGACCCCACCAUUGAGGACUCCUACAGAAAGCAGGUGGUCAUCGACGGAGAGACGUGUCUGCUGGACAUCCUGGACACUGCAGGUCAGGAGGAGUACAGCGCCAUGAGGGAUCAGUACAUGAGGACAGGCGAAGGCUUCCUCUGUGUCUUUGCCAUCAACAACACCAAGUCCUUUGAGGACAUUCACCACUAUAGAGAACAGAUUAAGCGGGUGAAGGACUCUGAGGACGUCCCCAUGGUGCUGGUGGGGAACAAGUGUGACCUCCCGUCCCGGACAGUGGACACCAAGCAGGCUCAGGACUUAGCACGCAGCUACGGCAUUCCCUUUAUUGAGACCUCAGCCAAAACCAGACAGGGCGUUGAUGAUGCCUUUUACACAUUAGUGCGAGAAAUCCGGAAGCAUAAGGAGAAGAUGAGCAAGGAGGGCAAAAAGAAGAAAAAGAAGUCCAAGACAAAGUGUACGCUUAUGUGAAUAAUCACCCCUUUUCAAGACAGACUAAAAAAAAAAAAAGAAACUAUGUUGAACAGUUCAAGUAAUACAUUUUGUACAUUACACUAAAUUAUUAGCCUCUUUCUCAAUACCCACCAUACUGAAUACUAAACCUGACCUGAAUUUUCUGCCUUUGUUAUUUGCCUCUUGGUCACCAAUAAGCUCCUUUUCAGUUUAGUGCCAGUUGCUGACGUGUGUUGGUCCAACAGCCUGAUGACUUAGAUUUUCUCGGAUAACGAUGAUUUGGAUAAUUUUACAUAGGUGCAGAGCCGGGAGCUUAAUCGCAUUGCAAAUCACAUCUGACUAAUUAUUCAUUACCAAGUUUGAGUUAGUUUUCCCUUUGCUUGAAAGGUCAUGGCCUGCAAAUGUUCUGUGAUGCCCUUUUUAAGUAUGGGAUGCCAAAGAAUGAAUUUUCAUCCCGCUCACGUAGACAGUGGAUAUGAAGAAAGGACCAACGUUCAGCCAGAUGAGAUCCAAACGUCCCAGCCACUGUGUAAUGUCCCCGUCUCUAAUGACCUCUAGGUAUGACUUAGUUCUGUCACUGUUCAGUAUGCAUGCAGACUCCUACCCUUCUCCGGAUGUUUUAACACCCUAAUUAGCUAUUAAUUAAUUUGCAAUUUAUCAUUGCUUUGUAAUGUGUGGGGAGUGAUUUCUUGCCUUCAUGAGACAAGAUGUUUUUUUUUUUUGUUUUUCUUUUUGCAUGCUAUGUGUCCUAGAUGACAUGGGUAUUGCAAACUGACUCUGGUUGAUGCAUUGAACAGAGCCAGCAACGAGGAACUGAAGUGGACAUCCAUACAGUCUACUUUAUAAUGUUUCUAAAGAAUACUCAGUAUCUGCUUUUGUGAGAGCAAAAUCUGCCAUUUUUUUUUAAAGAAAAUAAUUGACAAAUUCAAAGAUUCGUGAUGAUUUUGAACCCAUUUUGUAGUAAUAAAAUGGGACUAAUAGCCAGGUUUUAUGUUGGUCAUUUUACGCAGCAGGGAUUUAUGCCUUAUUUGACUAUUCUGGUUAAAAUAUUCCUGCUUUUCUUUAGGCUGAGACUCAACUGUAGGAUAGUUUUGAUUCAUCCUGACAAUAAUCAUUUCAUCGCUGUCAGCAAACUCCUCCUAGAGGACCUCAUGUUAACACAGAAUGUUUGGUUAAAUGCUAAAUUUUCGGAUUAAUGAGUGUCCAGUUGCUGGCCACAGAGGUGUCAUACCUUGCACAUUUCCUAAGCUGUCAGCUUGUUUGCCUGCGACUGACUAGAAAGCAAAACGCGUCUUUUGAGCAGCUGUCAGGAAUAUUUGCCUUGGUGUGGUGUCACAGAGGUGUUCAAAAAUGUUGUCAAAAUGGGUUUUCAGAUUCUUUCCCAUGCCGAGCUUUUUAAAGAGUUUUUGGAUUCAUUUGCUAAAGUGUUGAAGUUGUUUGGUGGCCUGCCUUUCAACACAAAUGAUUGUCCAGCAAAAUCAUUUGUCAUCUCCUCCCACAAAACUUGUGUAUCGUGGUGAUUUAACUGGAACGGAUGUUUGUAAAUGAGGCUGUAAUUGCCGUAAAAUUGGUUUCUAGAGAAAAUUGUCCGAAUUUAUUUUUAAAAAAGUCCCAGUUGCUUUCUUGGGUCACCUCAUAUUUCACCUUUUCAUUGUAUUUGCAAACUGUUCGCCUGGGGAGUUUCAUUUGCCUUUUAUCUUUGCAUUAGGUGCUACAUUUAGACGGUAGGAAGAGCCCAGACCACAUUUACUUUGUCCUGCGUGUGCUCAAGAGAUACACAAAAUGCUGUUUUAGGGGAGCAACGGUAUUCACACAGAGAAUCCAGACAUGAUACGUUUUGCUUUCAGGAUUAAUGGAUUUUGACCCAGUUUAUUAUUACCUCUUUUUUCAUGAAGUAGAUAAUAACUGUUAAUGCAAUUUUAAUUAUGGAACCCUCCUGUUGACAAUACUGUUUCAAAAGUAGUUUUACUGUAAUGUUUGAAAUGUUCCUCUUCCUUUAUUGCGUGCCAACAGCUGAUUUCUGAAAUGUAUCAUUUAUACCUGGAUCGUAUUUUAACAACCUUUGUAUAGUUGUGAUACUGAAAGGUGCAUAUUUUGUAAAUUGUGCUUCAUUUCGUUGGUGUGUCUAAAUGAAUGUUGCUUUAAUGGAGUUUCACUCCGCUCUGUGUAUGUGACUAGAGAGUGUGACUGGGUCCAGGUCUAGGGAAGUGAAUGAAUGACCACUUUACAACACACCUGCUGUGGGCAGUGUAGAGUGGUGAUCUGAUCUCAAAAUGAGUCUAUUUUUUGCCAUGAAUCUCACCACUCCUAUUUAAUGUGUAAUAAAGAACAAAGUAAAGAGGAACCAAA